AUGAUGGCCGUGUCGACUGCACAGGCAGCCGACAUCAUCAUCCCCGAGCCCGAAGUUGUCGAAUAUGUCCGCGUCUGCGAUGCAGCCGGCACCGGCUUCUUCUACAUCCCGGGCACCGAAACCUGCCUGCGCAUCCAUGGCUAUGUCCGCUACGACCUGGGCUUUGGUGAUGCGCCGCAGACGGGCGUUACAGCGGCCGACGCUGAACGGACUUGGAGAACCCGCGCGCGCGCAUCGUUCCGCGUCUCGACCUGGGCCGACACCGAACUGGGUCCGCUGCGGACCUACGUCGAAACCCGCUGGCAAUAUGACACCAAUGGUGCUCGGAAUGAACGCGUGGUGAACGGCAACAGCCCUGAGUGGUUCUUGGGGCCGAACGGCUAUCGCACGGCAGGCGAGUUCGAGAUCAACUUCGCCUGGAUCGAUCUGGCCGGUCUGCGCAUCGGUAAAGACGAAUCGUACUUCUCGACAUUUACCGGAUACGGCGCACCGACGAACUACACGUUCGCCUACGGUCCGUUCGACACCAACCUGAUCAGCUACACCUUCAACAGUGGCGCGUUCUCGGCUGGUAUCUCGCUCGAACAGGGCAAUGACAACCUGUUCACCGACAACACGUUCGGUGGCGUGUACGACGCUCACAUCGGUUGGGGCAUUGACGACUAUGUGCCGCACAUCGUUGCCGGUGCCGGUUACGACAGCGGUGCUUUCCAGAUCCGAGGUGUUCUGGGUUACGACACGCGCAACAACGUUGUCAGCCCGCAGCUCGGCCUUCUGCGUCAGGGCGGCUGGUCCGGUAAGAUCCGUGGUGACGUGUCGUUCGAUCCGUUCUCGGCCUUCGUGAUGCUGAUGUAUGGUGAGAACAGCUCGGCCUACACGACUUGGCGCCGUGGGGCUGUCGGGGCUGAGACGUUCUCGGUUCUGGGUGGCGCCUCGUUCGCGGCAACCGAAGCCCUUGAUGUCAACCUCGCCGUGCAAUGGCAGGAAGGCAACGGUGUCGGCGACCUUUGGACCGUUGUCGGCAAUGUCGACUACGACAUCGUUCCCGGCUUCCAGUUCCGGCCGGAGAUUGUCUACCAGAACGGUCCCGGAGCAGACACAAUUGGCGGCUUCGUGCGCUUCGAGCGCUCGUUCUAA